AUGCCUCCAAAAAAGAAAUCUUCAGUUGCAAAAACUGUCAGUCCAAUUUCCAAGAAUAAAGUUGAUAACGUACGAAAAAAGUCUCCCAAGACAAAAUGUAAAUUGAAAGAUGAAAAUCACACAGUACAAACACUCCAAACUACCUCACGAACACGAAAGUCUCGACUUCAAAUACUAUCCUUAGAAACCAAAAUUCAGUUGGCUAAUGAAGUAGUGCAGUCACAGUUUCCCAAAAAGUACUGUUUUAAUAACAACUCAACAGAUAUGAAGCCAAUAAAGAAAACCACAUUAAAACGGAGACUUGAUGAAAAGCAGGCAAAGAACAAUGAUUUAGAUCUGAGUGAGGAGAACCUACCAAACAGUAAACAAAUUGAUGAAACUUUAGAUACAAAAAAACCACAGGUUAAGAAAAGAAAAAUAGUCAAAAGCUCAAAAAGGAAAAUAAAGAAAAAACCAUUAAACCAAGGUGUUAAGAAAGUACCUAAAAAAACAUGCCCAAAAAUAUGUGAAGAUAAGAUGGAAGCAACAGAAGCCAUGGACCUUAGUAUAGUCAGGUCUGUUUAUAAUGAUUAUGUUCCUGAAAAUGAUACCCAGAUUUCUACCCAGCAAAGAGAUCAAGAAGUGAACACAUUAUUAGAAAGAGUUGAACCUAACAAAAGUCACCCAAUUAAUGACACAAGAAGAAAUUCCAACUUUUCCUGGGCCAACGAUAUAAGUGACUCCAGUGUUACAACUUGUCUUACUGUGAAAGAAGAUGAAUUAGUCACUGAUAAAAUACCUAUUUUAAGACUUACCAGGAUUGAUGAAACUGGUCUUUAUAAUGAACUAUUCCAACCUAAAAAUGCUGAAGAUGAUAGCCAAAAAAUGGAUCCUAAUAUUUAUUUGCCCCUCAGCCCAAUAUCAUCUACAUGUAAACAAAAAUCACCUAUUAGAAAUUGUCUUACAGCUCUAAAGAAAUUGAAGUUCUUAGAAAAUUACGAUUUCAAUAUUUUAAGUUGGAGGCGACCACCACCAAUGUUAGUGGGUCCAAAGAACGAAUUAGUAUACAAUGAGUUUCACAAAAAAGUUGUAAAAGAAAACAUAUUUUUAGAAGAAGAGCGGAUUCUAAACUAUGAUGGUCUGACGAACCUUCUAUCAAAAUACAAAACCGCAAAAGAAAAAGAGGGAAAAGAUUCCUUCUCACAAAAGUUUAAACCAGGCAACUUAAAUAUGGAUAAUGAUGUUGCCAAUAACAAUACUACAAAUACGAAUAGUGAAACCGCGAUAGUUAAUGAAUGUAAGUCAACUGAAUGUGAAACAGAGAAUGAUACUAAAAAUAGAACAGAUCUUGAUGCUGAGAACGAUGAAGAUGACGACGCACUUUCUCUUUACGCCGAAAGUAUUACAGGUAUUGAAUCCAGUCAAAGGAGUUCUCACAAUAUAUCAGUCACAAAUCAUGUAGAAAAUAAUAUUAAGGAACCCGACCCUGUGACGACAAGGGUUUUUAAAAUUCCAAAAGCACCAUGUAAUGCAUCCAAGGUCAAAAAUAAAUCUCUUCCAAGUUUAGUAUGUGAAGAGCAAAAGCCAGAUUCCACGUCUUUUCAAGAUUUUACAAAUACAGAUAAAACAUCAACUGCUCAAGCUAUGGAUAGUUUUGUCUCAAAAAAUCCAUACCUUAUGAAAAUACUCUUUAAGGCAACUGAACUUGUCAAAUCAACAAUAUUCAAAGGUGUUUGUGUAUUCAAUUUAGUGAAUACAUGUAAAAAUAGUACAUUUACCUGUAUCUUCCCACAUACCUCUUUACCUCCAAGUUUUAUUAAUGCAAAACUCCUUGGACUAUCCAAUGAAGAUUUCAUACAAGAGUACAUGUUGGUACGGAAUACUCCACGUUUGCUACAAUUAUAUGGACUGUGUUUCGUUCAGGAUUGUAUGCGGCGUAAUCUCUCUAGGAUAUUAGUGGAAAUGUCAAUAGAUUUCAUACAAAAUUUUGAAACUUCGGCAACCGAGAAAUUCUUAGCGACGCAAGCAGUAGAACAGACAUUGUUGCAUUUGAAUCAAAUCGAUCUAAAUAUGUGUAAUGACUUACUGAGGUUCGAAGCACAACCGGGUGUCUUACUUUGUGAAAAGUUUUUGGAAGCUAUCGGAAAGUCUCAAAACUUUUCUAGGUUUAGGACAGUGUUUAUAAAUCUAACUAUGUUUAUGUGCCGCGGUAAUAGAACGUUUAAGAGUAAUUUGACCAGUCAAAUCUUGGAAAGAGUAUGCAUUUUCCCUUACGAGUUUGGUUUAGUGCGCGCCAUUAUUGAAAUGAUGAAAAGAACAGAUUCCUUAGAACUGUCGAACGCGAACCUCGGACACUUUGAGAGGCAGCUAUCUGGUGCCAACAAGGAGUUGUAUUCCGAGUUUUUAAGAUUAAAAGCGUCCCUUUCGCCAAUAGUCAUGGAGAGCCAGGAAGAUAACCAGGACAGUUUGGACAAAAACAUAAGAUAUUCCCCAGAUACUACCAAUCUUGACAAUUCAACAAAAAGCCUUAACAUUGAAGUGCUGAGGAAAGAACAAGCCAAUUUAUUAUUGCCGCCGCAGAGUUUACCCGGUCCAAGCGGUUUGAAUACUAUUUGGAAUAGUCCCGUUGCGGACUUCUCUCCCUAUAAAAGACCAGAGCGUAUUGACUCGCCAAUAUAUUAUGAUUCAUUCUUUAAGAGGGGUCUCGGCAACCGUGGACCUAGAUGGCGUGGUAGUCGUUAUAAUACAAAAUUUCCAAGGCUACGGACGAAUUUUCCACGAAGGCCUGGUCCUGGAUAUAGUAUGUAG